CAAAUCUUUCAUCUGCAACAACCUUUUUCAUCUGCACCAACCUUUUUCAUCUCCGACAAGAUGUCUAUCCUCACAAUGGGCGAAUCGCACAGAGGAACAGUUACAAAUAUAUCAACUUAUGAUUAUUCAAGGUUCCGUACUCGGGUCCACGAAUAUGUCCACAUGGACCCGAUGAUUCAACCGUAUGUCGAACUCGCCGGUUUUGGACAUAUAAGAAAAAUUAUGUCUUGGUCGGUGGAUAAUAAAUUCAUUCUUGCGUUAUGCGAAAGAUGGCAUCCCGAGAUACACACAUUCUGGUUUCCAACCGGUGAGUGUACCGUGACAUUAGAAGACGUCUACAUGAUAUUGGGACUGCCUAUUGAAGGUAAAGCUGUAAAUGGUAAAACCAACUAUGCGAAUUCAAUUUGCAUGGACCUCUUGGAUACUGAUUUGUUAGAUGAUAACUCAAGAUGUCAAGGUAUACUCCUUUCACACCUUACGUCAUAUUAUAACAUUGUUUAA